AUGUUUCAAGUGUUGUGUUAUAUUCAGGCUUUUGUCAUCCUCAAAUAUCAUUUGCCAUCAAUUCGAUCGAACGCAAAAAGAGUUUCUAAAUUGAGAAUUCUCAAAACGGCUAUCGAUUACAUUUAUUCACUCAGCGAUAUGUUACAGGUAAAUGUUAUGAUUUCUGCACAUUUCUCAUUGAAUGCGCAUUCAAAACAUCACUCAGCAAUCCUGAAUCUAUAUUUUGAGGAAUGUCCAGCUCAACCGAUGCUUUCACCAACUUCACAUAACCCAACACGACAUAUCAAAUUGAACCAUCAAAACGAACACACUUCAACAACGCAUCAUCCUAAACGUAUAAUCGCUUAUUCAGACCACUUCACUUUUUGA